CCCCAACUCGGCGACGCUGCGCAAAACACCUCGCUUUUUGUACUCUUCCGUCUUUGCCCUCCCGCUAUCGCUCGCCUGCGUUGCGUUGCGUUGCGUUGCUCGGCGUACGUACGUGUACACACAGCGCGAGCCCGAGAGGGAGGAAGAGCAACAGAGGAAAGAAAAAAAAAAGAAAAGAAAGGAAAGCCAAGUCGUUUGCUCAUUUCAUGGAGAGCUCUUCUCACAAGCGGGCGCGGGAGGUGGUGGACCUCACCGCCGCCGGGCCCGGAGAGGCAGCCGCGUUGCCGGAGGCGGACGCGAAGAGGCUGCGGCCGCAGGAUCUCCUGGACAUGCUCGAUGACGACACCGACGCGGCCGCCGCCGGCGACCUAGCGUCCGUCAUGAGGAGCCUGGAGGAGGAGAUAGCUAGCUUCGACGAGGCCGUGGGGGCCGCGGAAGCGGCGCCUACGCAGCAGCAGCAGCAGCCGGAGCUGGGGUUCCUGCUGGAGGCCUCGGACGACGAGCUGGGGCUGCCACCGGCUGGCGCCUCCGCCUCGUCGUCGGAGGAGGCCGGCGGCGGCGGCGGGGGCCUCGCCGGGGCGCCGCCGGAGUCCGCCGAGCUGGACGGCGGCCAGAUCUGGGGCUUCGAGGACGAGAUAGACGGUGGAGCGGGCUUCGGUGGCUACUCGCCGGAGGCGGCCGCCGCGGCCGUCGCCGCCGCGGCGGCGUGGGACGACGACGGCUUCGACGCCGGCCUGUUCGCGUUCGGCGAAAGCGACGCGUACGGGCCGUCGGAUCUCGCCGCGCUGCGCCACGAGACCAUGCCGGCCGUCUGAUGACCGGCCGGGGCAGACACAACAGCCGCAGCCAGUGGUGGAUUAGCCUUGUUUUUCUUGCUUUUUUUGUUUUACCUUUUGGUUGGCUAACCUUAGCGGGCAGGGGGGCACCCUUUUUUUAACCUGAAUGUAAAGUUUUUUUAGAAGGGUAAAACAGGGGCGUGGAAACUUGGGGAAGGUUCUCAGCUAGCAGGGAAAAAAGAAUCUGAAAAUGGUUUUCCCUCAAUUUGCCCUUCGAAUUUAUUUCUCGCUUAUUAGUAAAAGGAAAAAGCAAAUAAGCAAGCGAGUGUAUAAAGUAAUGAUUAAUUAA